AUGAUACGACUAGCAAUAACGUCACGGAUGCUCCAGCAGCCGUCAUUGAUACGCGCUAUAAAGCAGAGCACCAAGCGUUUCAAUGAAACAGCUACGCAACCCCAACCAACAUUUGUUGCUCCUGUAGUCGUCAAACCUCCACCACCACGAAGAGGAGGCUACUUUUCCGGAAGUUUGACUGGUUUCUUGGUUGGAACUUCGCUGACAGGAUUAGCAUGCUAUGUUUUCUUGCUGGAUGAGUAUCAACAAAGCAGCAACUCGUUACUAUCUACUGUGGAAGAUGUUGCAACUUCUGUUGCCAAAGUGAAAGAUUAUACAAAGAAGAUCGUGUCUGUUGAGAAAGAUUUGAAGACACACAAAUCUGUUGCUGCCACAAAAGACGAUAUAGAAACGCUGAGAAAUGAACUUUUGAAAGCUAUUGAUGAUCUCAGAGUUGAACAUUUAGAAUCAAAGACUCAACUAUGGGAGUUGACUCAAAGUGUAGUGUCGUUGCAAGAAAAGAGCAAAUCUUCGUCUUCGUAA